CACCGUCGCCCUUCCCUCUCCUCCCCCCUCCGACGCUAGGGUUUCCACGUCUUCGACGAUCUCCUGCGCCCGCGCUGAUGGCUGCGAUGCGAAUACGAAGGGGGAUCGGGGGGCUGUUAGGGCGAGGAGGAAGGAGAACGUCUGGAGCGUCGACAACGACCUCGCCGCUAGGGCUUCGGUGGAGGAGAAGAAGCUUCUCAGGAGGCGGAAGGGGAGGGGGAGGAGGACGAGGUCGCCCGUGAGGAGGGGGGAGGAUUCUAAGGUUUUGGUUUCGGGGAACAUGCUGAUGGAGAUCGAGACGGUUCUCCAGACACAGGAACCUGUUAUAAAACCAUCAUGGGAUACCUUUGCUAGUAGCGUCAGCGGCAUAUGGAAGGGUGUCGGUGCCGUGUUUUCACCAUUCACUGGAGAGAUGGAACCGAUUGGAAUUGGAAACCAAAAUGAGAACCUUUAUGAUUGCUACACUCUUUCCCGUAUUGAGAAGCUAACGGUGGAAGACCACGGCUCUGAAAUUAGAAGAAAGACGAAUUGGGUUGUUCUCAACCCUUUCGGAGAAACAAGGAAACAAAUUGGAGGAGGUCAGAGGAACAAAGAUGUGAUCGAUUCCGCUCCUGAUUUGCCUGCCUAUGAAACCUUCGAUUUCAAGAAGAGCGAAGCGUUGGAGGAAGAUGUCAUGCGGAUGGAGGCAGGCCUCGUUUUCUUUGAGGAUGGUUCAUAUUCUAGAGGUCCAGUUGAUAUUCCAGUUGGGAAAUUUGAUGAGUCUAAAUACUUUCUUUCUCCCACUUUUAAAUUUGAACAGUGUUUGGUUAAAGGAUGCCAUAAGAGACUUCGCAUUGUGCAUACUAUUGAGUUUAAUGAGGGGGGAAGUAGCAUACAAAUCGUAAGGGUUGCUGUAUUUGAAGAACAGUGGGUCAGCCCAGCUAAUCUUCAUGAUGGAAAUGAUGUUAUUUGUGACCUAAAACCUAUCUCACAAAGGAAACGCACCCAGCCAUCUGAACUCACCGGCUCCUGGAAAGUAUUCGAAGUGAGUGCAACACCAAUUUUCGACGAUGAAGAGACUGAAGUGAGCAGCGGGCUUCCCUACGUUUACUUAUGCACAGAAACCUUGAAGAAAAGAAGCUUGCCCGAGUCCUCUCUCUUCUUUGGUGAGGAAGAGAUGCUCGACAUGCAGGACGUAACCAUACUUUGGUUACCUGGCGGCGUAACUGGCUAUGUCGAUGUCAACAAGGACGGCGUUCUUUCCAUCGGGGUGGGUUGGUAUUCAGAUGAAGGGAUUAACCUCGUGAUGGAGAGAGAUUAUGCGACCGAUGGGAAGCUCAAGGAGGUUAGAUGGAAAUCCGAGGUGAAGCGGAGGUGGAACGAUCCAGCUCCUGUAUAAACUUUGAAUAGUAUAUUGGUUUUUGACAUAAUUUUCACGUAAACUUUGGUACUGAUACUUAUUUAUUUUUGCUUACUCUUAUGUUUCUGUUAUGUUCUGCCUUUGGGUACAAUUGCCCAGUUGUGAUGUGUAUAUAUUCAACUGAUUGAACUUUUUAUUCGGUGGUUGUUUUUUUUUUU